AAACUAGUGACAGUCUGAAAUAAUCCUCUAGGCAUUGUGUUUGGGUGUGUCUCAUGUAAGCAUGCAGUUGGCACACAAUCUAGAACCUGCGGACUAUGUAACACAGGAUUGAAUGACGGUGAGACUCUUCGGGCUGUUUUCGUAUGCAGACAAAUAACACAUCACUAUCUACACAAUGAACAUAGGUAUAGUAGAUCGCCCCCUCUCGUGGUAUGGAAUCGUGAUUCCCGUCGUUCAAAGAUUUUGUAACCCGUUGAGCACUACAUCAUUUCAAUCUUACCCUAUAACCAACACGCUAAGCUCUCUCUAAACAUGGACAGCCAGGACGUCGAAAAGAUCAGAGGGCAAGAACCGUUGGAAAUCCAAUGUUCAGAGGGGUCCAAAUCCGAAUCCGAUUCUCUUCUGGUGACCUGGAACUCGAACGAUGAUCCCGACCACCCCUUCAAUUGGAGCCAAUUUCGAAAAUGGACGAUCACUCUGCUCCUCUCACAGGGAGGAUUAGUAACUCUCAUGUCAGGCUCGAUGCUGGCCCCUGCCCUGACAACUAUUGCACAAGACCUAAACACGGGUGUAGAGGAGACCCAGAUCUUCCUCUCAAUUUUUGUGCUCGCUUUCGCCUUCGGCCCAAUGAUUCUUUCACCACUCGCUGAGGUUUUUGGCCGCCGUCCGAUUUGGAUCAUCUCAAGUUGCUUCUACAUCUUAUGGAACACCGUCGGUGGCUUCAGCCGGUCACCGGGUCUCCUAAUUGCUAGUCGUAUCUUGUCUGGCUUCGGAGCUAGUGCCGAAUUCGCCAUUAGCAAUCCAGUAUUAGCAGACUGCUGGCACCCUUCUGAACGUGGCAAGUCGUAUGCUAUCUCUACUUUUAUACCUCUCUUAGGUCCGGCCCUAGGUCCUAUCAUUGGUGGAGCAUUGACCGGAACAAUUGGCUGGAGGUGGUCCUUCUGGAUCCUUUCAAUAUAUGAUGGCAUCCUCGUCAUCAUAGCAAUAUUCGCCUUCCCAGAGACAUAUGAGGUCAUUCUACUUAACAGGAGGGCGGCCAUGCUGCGAAGAACGACUGGGAGACCAUACUAUACCGAGACUCACGGUGCUUCGGAAACCCUGAGCAGUAAACUAGCCAAAUCUCUGAACCGACCUCUACGGCUACUAUUGACUCAGCCAAUAUUGCAAGUCGUGGCAGUGUUUCUUGCAUAUAACUUUGGCAUUCUCUAUAUCGUGUUGUCAACGUUUGCCACCUUAUGGAUUGAACGCUACGGCCAGUCCGAAACAUAUAGUGGAUUGCAUUAUAUUGCUCUUGUAAUCGGCUACACCAUCGCAGCCCAGGGGGGUGGCCAGCUGAUGGAUCUCUUAUGGAAACGCCUGAAGGAAAGAGCUGGGAAUAGUACCGCUCCCGAGUACCGUGUCCCGUUGAUGAUUCCCGGUGCUAUUCUCAUUCCACUCGGACUCUUCAUCUAUGGAUGGGCAGCGGAAAAAAGAUACCACUUCAUUGUUCCGGACAUCGGGAUCGCCAUUUUCGGUAGUGGGAUUAUUCUGAACACUCAGGCCAUGCAGGCAUAUGUCACCGACGCAUUCCUAAAAUAUACAGCCUCUGCGUCUGCAGCUUCCCAGUUCUUGCGCAAUAUUUUCGGGUUUGCUUUUCCAAUUUUCGCUCCAGUUCUGUACCAGCGUAUCGGUUAUGGCUGGGGCAACAGCUUACUUGCCUUUACUUUCAUUGCUCUUGGAUGGCCUGCACCCUUCCUGCUCUGGAUGUACGGGGCAAAGUUAAGGGCACUUGGAAAGCCGCAAUGGUGAAUAGAAGGAGCAAGAGGAGGGUUUGCCUUUUGGUGAUGCUUGUUUUCAUGUGGGCACUUUCUUCGUCUUAAGCCUAAACGGUUAGCUUCCACAGUGCUCGGGUUAUCUAAUUUCGCUUAGAGAAUGAGAGCCAGACUAUUUGAAGGCCUGUCAUUUUUCGAAGUUAUUUAACUCAUACGGAACCUGCCCAGGAACUGGUUGCUAUAUAUACCCAGGGGAAGUCUGAAUACCCUCACUCACUUGAAACCUUUUGAUAGAUGCACAACAAUAAAAGUUCUUGCCGCACACUUACAAGGCUACUCAAAACAUUAGACAUCGUCAGGAACUUUCCAGUCCUAUUCCUUGUUUUUCAACCUCCUCCUCACCUUAUUUCCUACUAUCUUUGGCGUAGCAAUCGAUCAAUCCAGCAAUACCUAGGUGCAGUGGGUUGAUACCUAUUGUCUCUUACUCUUUAUUUAAUGACUUUCUAUUAGGCCCAUUUCCAAUCUUAUGACCCAAAAACUACACCCCACCUACAAUAAAGACUUGGAAAUAGCUUUGAAUUAACAACAAUCUUCAUUGACU